CUCGGUGGGUUUGCUGCAUCCGAGCGGUUUUGCUUUCCGUGGUGCUCGUUCCUCUCAGGUUUUGGCCACGCUGCUGCGUCCGUGGAAGUCUUACCUGCCUCCAGGUGUCCCUCCAGGUGUCCCUACGAAAGCUGCAGAUCUGUGCCCUCUUUCACCACCUGGCUCUGCGUAAGGGCACCUCCUAGAGGCCGCUUCCGGUACUGCUGGGUGACUUUCUUGCUCGUUCCUUUCGCGGCAUUGACAGACCCUCUCUUGUCUGCAUUCCAGAAAUGGCUUCGGACAUCCCUGGAUCGGUGACAUUGCCUGUUGCCCCCAUGGCGGCCACGGGACAGGUGAGGAUGGCGGGAGCCAUGCCCGCCCGUGGAGGAAAGCGGCGUUCCGGGAUGGACUUUGACGACGAAGACGGAGAAGGACCCAGCAAAUUUUCCAGAGAGAACCACAGCGAGAUCGAGCGGCGGCGGAGGAACAAGAUGACCCAGUACAUCACGGAGCUGUCGGACAUGGUGCCCACGUGCAGCGCGCUGGCCCGGAAGCCGGACAAGCUGACCAUCCUCCGCAUGGCCGUGUCGCACAUGAAGUCCAUGAGGGGCACAGGGAACAAGUCCACAGACGGCGCCUACAAGCCGUCGUUCCUGACGGAGCAGGAGCUGAAGCACCUCAUCCUGGAAGCAGCCGAUGGCUUUCUGUUUGUAGUGGCGGCAGAGACGGGACGGGUCAUUUACGUGUCUGACUCCGUCACCCCUGUGCUGAACCAGCCCCAGUCAGAGUGGUUUGGGAGCACCCUGUACGAGCAGGUGCACCCCGACGAUGUGGAGAAGCUGAGAGAGCAGCUGUGCACCUCCGAAAACUCCAUGACAGGCCGGAUCCUGGACCUGAAGACGGGGACGGUGAAGAAAGAGGGACAGCAGUCCUCCAUGAGGAUGUGCAUGGGCUCGCGGAGGUCCUUCAUUUGCAGGAUGAGGUGUGGGAACGCUCCUUUGGACCACCUGCCGCUGAACAGAAUAACCACCAUGAGGAAAAGGUUCAGGAACGGCCUUGGCCCCGUGAAAGACGGGGAGGCCCAGUACGCCGUGGUGCACUGCACAGGUUACAUCAAGGCGUGGCCCCCCGCAGGGAUGACUAUACCUGAGGAGGACGCGGACGUGGGGCAGGGCAGCAAGUACUGCCUCGUGGCCAUCGGAAGACUCCAGGUGACCAGCUCUCCCGUGUGCAUGGACAUGAGCGGGGUGUCGGUGCCCACGGAGUUCUUAUCCCGACACAGCUCUGAUGGGGUCAUCACGUUCGUGGACCCCCGGUGCAUCAGCGUGGUUGGCUACCAACCCCAGGAUCUCCUCGGAAAGGACAUUUUGGAAUUCUGCCACUCAGAGGAUCAGAGCCACCUGCGCGAGAGCUUCCAGCAGGUGGUCAAACUGAAGGGCCAGGUGCUGUCGGUCAUGUACCGGCUCCGCACCAAGAACCGGGAGUGGCUGUUGAUCCGCACCAGCAGCUUCACGUUCCAGAACCCCUACUCCGACGAGAUAGAGUACGUCAUCUGCACCAACACCAACGUCAAGCAGCUCCAGCAGCAGCAGGCAGAGUUGGAGGUGCACCAGAGAGAUGGGCUGUCGUCAUACGACCUGUCGCAGGUUCCCGUCCCCAACCUCCCGGCUGGCGUUCACGAGGCGGGGAAGUCCGUGGAGAAGGCUGAUGCCAUCUUUUCCCAGGAGAGAGACCCCCGGUUUGCUGAGAUGUUUGCGGGAAUCAGUGCGUCGGAGAAGAAGAUGAUGACUUCAGCCUCUGCGGCGGGAACCCAGCAGAUCUACUCCCAGGGAAGCCCGUUCCCCCCCGGACACUCGGGGAAGGCCUUCAGCUCUUCCGUGGUCCACGUGCCUGGUGUGAAUGACAUCCAGUCCUCCUCGUCAACGGGCCAGAACAUGUCCCAAAUCUCCCGACAGCUGAACCAGAGUCAGGUGGCGUGGACAGGGAGCCGGCCGCCCUUUCCCGGACAGCAAAUCCCUUCCCAGUCUGGCAAGACUCAGUCGUCUCCCUUUGGGAUUGGAACGAGCCACACGUACCCAGCAGACCCCUCUUCCUACAGCCCUCUCUCCAGCCCAGCUACGUCCUCGCCCAGCGGGAACGCCUACUCCAGUCUCGCCAGCAGGACUCCGGGGUUCGCUGAGAGCGGACAGAGCGGCGGGCAGUUCCAAGGGCGGCCCUCGGAGGUCUGGUCCCAGUGGCAGAGCCAGCACCACGGGCAGCAGAGCGGUGAGCAGCACCCCCACCAGCAGCCCGGUCAGACUGAAGUGUUCCAGGACAUGCUGCCCAUGCCCGGAGACCCGACCCAGGGGACCGGCAACUAUAACAUCGAGGACUUCGCGGACCUGGGCAUGUUCCCGCCCUUCUCCGAGUAGCGGCGGGCAGAGUGCGGCUGGCGCUGGGCGGCGUGGCUCCUGUCGUGACCGCGCCACCCACGCGGGCGGGGCCCCCCCUGCACCCUGCUUGCCCCGCCCGCCCCGCCACGGUCCCCCCCAGCAGAAAGCGUCUCACCCCCGUGCUCCUCCCCUGCACAGCGCCUCUCCGCUCUGGCCCCCAGCCCGGGGCCACCGACCAGGAGCCCCGGUAGCCGUCGGGGGGCUGGUUGUAUUUAUUGUACUUUGUGUGUGCUUGGGAGGCGAGCCGACUGGGCGCCGGGAGUCUGGUUGUGAAUAAUCUCCUAGUAGACGGUUUUCGCCUAUAAAACGUUCACCUGUAGUCCAGAGUGAGUGUCCGGGGCCUGCCCAGGCCUCAGGAAUUGGGUUUCUUCCCGCCUUUAACCGCCGUGGGUGGGCGGGCUCGGGUGCGGGGAAGGGAGGCCAGCAGGACGCCUGGCCUGUGUUCUCCGCGCUGGGCCCGAGCAGGCGGGGACCCAGGGCCGGACGCCAGCUCCCCUGCCCCCAGCUCAGCGGCGCCCCGACUGGAGUGAGCUUGGCCCGGGGUCCCGGUGCCCGGCUGCGGUUCCACAGCCUCGCCAGGAGUCCUGGCCGGGAGCCCGCUCGCUUUAAUGCGCCGGGCUUCUGAGAGGAAGCGGCUGCCUCCUCUUCCAGGAGGCCCCGAGGACCUGGCUGCCUGGUGAGCACACGCCCUCGUCCCCCCACCAGGCCAGCGCCUCUGGGGCUGCAAAGCCCUGGGCCUUAUGUGGAAGAGCGAGGGGGGAGGCGGGACGCCCAGGCCCCCUCGUCCUGUGCCCUGCCGUGCGGGCCUGCUCCCCCAGGACCGGCCCUGGCGGCCACGUUGCAUCAGUGACCUGGAGGGGGCUCAGGUGCGGACCCGCACGGGAGCAGGAACGCAACCCACCAGGCCCCUGAGCCUUCUCUCCUCGGCCGGCUGGGGGGCCGUGGUGUCUGGGGAGGGACAGGGUGCAGGUCUGUGAGGCAGGAGGCUGGGGCUCCCGCUCCGAUUCUGCCACACUCUCCCCGGGGCCCCGAAUUCCUCAGGUGGUCUCAGGACGCGAAGAAGAGCCCAAUUCUGGAAACUUCUGCUGGCUGACUGAGCCGUGGUCCCUGGCUGGCUGUGUUUCCCCGUCUUUGCUGACCUCGCCCCCUCCCACGCCCUGUGCGCACAGAGGCAGGCUCUCUGAGCCUCUCCUGUCCUCUUCGUGACAGCCACGCCUGGCCCCACCGUCCCGUGGGCCCCCUGACUCCCACCCCCGGGAAAGCCCUGCGUCCCUCCCAGGGUCCCUCAGGCAGCCCUGCUCAGGCACCUGCCUCGGACACAACCCACGUGUCCCUCCCCUGGGAUUCCGGAAGGCCAGGCCGAGUGGAGCAGGGUCUCAGCUGCCUGAGAGCAGAGUGGGCCCGGCGUGCAGGACGGGGCCGGGAGCAGUGUCUGCGCUGACCUCUGCGAGCUGGGCAUUAAACGCCAGCCCCGCCCGGUGUCCGUCAGGGAUCCGCGUGGCCUGUCUUGCUUGGAGAGGUCCACCUGUAACAGUCCAAUGUGGGUAGAAUAGCUUUGGCGAGCAGCCAGCUCUGGGUGAUCCUGGUUCCUAGACUCUGGGUUCACACUCACUCAGCAGUUUCUAGAGCAGCUUUAACCCCUUUGUGUAUAGCGGUGAUUGACGAUUGAGUACCGGGUUUAGGCACACCGGGGUCAUUUUACCCUCCACACACCCUCACCGUGCCAGACCCAGAGAUGGGGACAGGUGCCAGACCGCCGGGGGGUGGUGAGGGGCAGGUGC